AUGUCAGACAAUAACAUUGCUUCUUCUUCUUCUUCUUCUUCUGCCUCUUCCUCUUUGUCGAUAUCAAAUAUGCCUCCUCCUCCUCCUAAUAAAAAGAGAAAGAAGUCUGUUACAAUUGCGCCAUCACAUCCAACGCAGGUGGCUCUUCCUCCACCGCUUAUUCCGUAUCCGCCGCCACAUCUAAUGCCUUCCUAUUAUCCUGUCUAUCAUCAACAUCCAUACUUUCUCUCGGUUGGAUCACAGCCUCCAAUCUCCCCCAGCUUAUCACCUACUUUACCGUCAACAUCCUCCACAACAGCUCCAGCUACAUCAUCAGCAACAUCAACAGCUCCAGCAGCUCAAAGAAUUUUACCUAAAUCACCAACAUCUACACCAACGACCGCAGCUACAACAGCAAUCUCGCCGCCUACCUUGGCGCCUACUUUCAACUUUUAUCCUUAUCCUAUGCAAAUAUCUCCUCAACUUCAUCCUACACCGGUAGUAGGCAAUGCUCCUCCACUCAGUCCAGUUCCAUUGGGUAUUCGACACAAUUCGAUGUCGUCCACAACUUCAAAUUCCACAGCGGAUCAAAGAGAGCAGGCUAGAAAAGUAUCCCAUAGUGCAAUUGAACGUCGUAGAAGAGAAAGGAUCAAUGACAAGAUUCUUCAAUUAAAAGAUCUCAUUCCUUCCUGCUCAGACAGAGAGAAUCUCCAUAAGAUGACCAUCCUUCAAAGCGCCAUCGACUACAUAACCUAUCUCAAAAAAGUAAUUGAAGACGCUCCCACACUGACAGAGGAAGAUCAUCCACAGCCGUUGCCAGAUCAGCUACAAAAGUCCAACUCGAUGCUACCCACAGAAGUAGAUCAGUUUACAAAUCAAUUCUCUGCACAUCCACUAAACGCCCAGCCACGAUCAGAAGCAACAGCAACAUCAGACACUGAUGGUACUAAACCAACAAAAGCAGAGGAAGAUGUAGAAGUGUUGGAAGAGGAAGAAGACGAAGAAGAUUCUUGGUCCAUGUCAACAUCGAAGAUAGACGGAUCAAAAACAGUUAAUACGAGUAUGUCGACUGUUACACCAUUGCCAUCUUCUGGCCUAAAACCAAUGGAUGUGAUCAAACUCAACAAAUCAGCCAAUGUUUCUUCUUCGUCUUCGUCCUGCCCCACACCGUCGCCCAUUGUCCCUCCUCCCGCUCCACCCAAAAUCAUAGUCAAUUCACAAGAGGUUGUUCAUCAAGAAGAGGACACUGCUACUUCUUACAGCCAUACAGAACGGAACAUGAAUCUCGAAAACAUCUUGUGCUAG